AGAAUCUAACCGAAGAAAUGGACGCAUUGUCGCAUUGAUUAAACAUUAUAUAAAUGAGGUCCUAAUAAUGCACAGUCACGGUAUUCUAAAGAAUUAUUUUAGCAUUAAACUGUGGCAUAGUUCAGAAUAGCACAAUUUAAUGCUUGUUGUGCCGAAGAUUUCCUCUUAAAAUUUAUUUAUAGUGACUUUUUUUGUGUAAAGACCAAUAAAUUAAAUUUAAUAAUAUGGAAAUAAAACAAGAAGCUAGUGGGAGUGAGAAAACUUGUAAAAUAAAAACAGAAACGUGUGGUGAUGGUCUCUUGAAUACUUUCAAAUUUGAAAUUACAGAAGAACCCAAGACAGAAACUGAAUAUGAUGAAUUUGGUUAUUUAGACUUAAACGAUUUGCCAGUAAAUACUGAAGUAGAACAAGAUAAAUAUAAAUUUACACUAUUGCAUGAAAAGCAAACAACAAAUGAAGAAAGUUGUUCCCAGGAGGAGAAUAGAAUUAAAAUCAUGGAAACAUUACAUUCAUCUCAUAAAGGAAAAUAUACAGGCCAACACGAAGGAAUAAUAUUAGAUAAAAAUAUGACAAUUGCAACUGGACAAGAACCUUACAAGUGUGAAAUUUGUUUAAAGCAGUUUAGCCAAAAGAGAACUUUGAAUACCCAUUUGAGAUUUCACAUUGGGGAAAAGCCUUACAAGUGUGAAAUUUGUUUUAUGAAAUUUACUUAUUCAGGAAGUUUGAAACAGCAUUUGAGAACACACACUGGAGAAAAACCUCACAAGUGUGAAAUUUGUUUAAAGCAGUUUUGCCAAAAGGGUAAUUUGGAAACACAUUUGAGAUUUCACACAGGAGAAAAACCUUACAAGUGUGAAAUUUGUUUAAAGCAGUUUAGUGUUCAAAGUAAUUUAAAACAACAUUUGACAACACACACUGGAGAAAAGCAUUACAAGUGCGAAGUUUGUUUAAAGCAGUUUAACCAAAAGAGAAAUUUGAAUAACCAUUUGAGAUUGCACACUGGGGAAAAGCCUUACAAAUGUGAAAUUUGUUUAAAGCAGUUUAUCCAAAAGAGUAAAUUGGAAACACAUUUGAGAUUUCACACUGGAGAAAAGCCUUACAAGUGCGAAAUUUGUUUUAUGAAAUUUACUGAAUCAGGAAGUUUGAAACAACAUUUGAGAGUGCACACUGGAGAAAAACCUCACAAGUGUGCAAUUUGUUUAAAGCAAUUUAACAAAAAGAGUAAUUUGAAAACACAUUUGAGAUUUCACACUGGAGAAAAACCUUACAAGUGUGAAAUUUGUUUAAAGCAGUUUAGUGUUCAAAGUAAUUUAAAACAACAUUUGAGAACACACACUGGAGAAAAUGCUUGUUUAAAGCAGUUUAGACAAAAGAGAAAUUUGGAAACACAUUUGAAAUUGCACACUGGAGAAGAGCCUUACAAGUGCGAAAUUUGUUUAAAGCAGUUUAGCCAAAAGAGAAAUUUGAAUACCCAUUUGAGAGUGCACACUGGGGAAAAGCCUUACAAAUGUGAAAUUUGUUUAAAGCAGUUUAGCCAAAAGAAUAAUUUGGAAACACAUUUGAGAUUUCACACUGGAGAAAAGCCUUACAAGUGCGAAAUUUGUUUUAAGCAGUUUAGCCAAAAGAGUAAAUUGGAAACACAUUUGAGAUUUCACACUGGAGAAAAGCCUUACAAGUGCGAAAUUUGUUUUAAGCAGUUUAGCCAAAAGAGUAAUUUGGAAACACAUUUGAGAUUGCACACUGGAGAAAAGCCUUACAAGUGCGAAAUUUGUUUUAUGAAAUUUACUGAAACAGGAAAUUUGAAAAAGCAUUUGAGAGUGCAUACUGGAGAAAAACCUUACAAGUGUGAAAUUUGUUUAAAGCAGUUUAGUGAUCAAAGUAAUUUAAAAACACAUUUGAGAAUGCAUACUGGCGAAAAACCUCAUAAGUGUGGAAUUUGCUUUAAACAGUUUUCUAAUAAAACUAAUUUGAAAUCACAUUUGAUUGUGCACACUGGACAAAAAACGUAACAAACAUGAAAUUUUAUUUAAACAGAUUUCGUACACAAAUAUGUUAAAAAUACUUUUUGGGGGUAUGUAGUGGAGAAAAACAUAUGUGAAAUUUGUUUUAAGCAGUUUCUCAAGCGGUUAAUAUGAAGUUGUGUAUGAAAUAGUUCUGGAGAAAACCUUACAAGUGACUAAUGGGUUCUGCUGUUUCGGGACAGUUUUUAAAAACAAUUUAUUUCGAUAAAUUUAUAACUUUGACUUUUUUGUAUAUAUAUUUGCAGAAACUUGUUACCACAUAUUGGUAUUUAAUAUUUAAAAGUGGUUUCUGUUAAAUUAACUGAAACUUUUCAGAGCUGACCAAAAGUUAUGAUUUCGUUAAGACUCAUAAAUCAAUUGUGUCUGAGUUACAGAGGUUCCAAGUGUUGAUUUUUAGUCCAUUUGAAUAAUACAUAUAUGU